AUCGGAGACGCCAUUCUAAACGAGUUGUCCGUGUCACUGAACUCAUCGUACGGGGUAGAAGGUCAGAAAGAGAUCACGGAUGCGUGGAACCUAAUGCAAAAAUUUUUCGAAUGUUGUGGAGUUGUUGGAGGCAUUAACUCAACCACUUCCUGGGCUUACUAUAGAGAGUAUUCAGUAUGGUUCCGCAAUCAGACUGAUGCCAGUAUAAAAGAGUACGUCCCAGACAGCUGCUGUAAAAACGUCUACGGACUGAACAGAACCAAGUGUGUUGGUGGACAAGGCUUUGACAAUAUUAUACCCGCCGUGCUACCACCAAUCACCUACAACCAAGAAAACGACAUUCUAUUCACAAACGGUUGCUACACUGCGGUCAUUGACUUCCUCACUGACAAUGUAAGAAUAUUUGCUGGCCUGGCUGCUGGUAUAUCAGUCCUUAUGGUCAUGGGAAUGACAUUUGCCAUUUGCCUUUGCCGGAGGAUCAAGGACGAAUUUCUCUUCGAUUGA